UCUAUUUAUAGUCCAGGCAAGGCUGGGUGGUUCUCCUAACAAACAGAUGUGCUUGUUGGUGAGACGUUGUCAUAACAGUAUAGCGCCUCUUGAACAUUGCAAUUGAGAGUAGUUUAUGAUUUGGGGCGGAUAAAUUAAGCCACUGUGGGGAAAACCUAGGCUCACUUGUCACUUAGAAGAAUGUCAAAGGAAACUUUUGUAUUCACCUCUUCCACUCUACGUUCCUUGCGCUUGCAACAAGAAAUGCUGGACUGGGAAGACCGGCGAAGGGCUGCAUCUCGCCAGUAUGCCAGUCGGAGGUACCAGCCAACUACCAGGAGCCUCCUUUCUCUCCCCAAGCCCACCCGACGCCCUAAGUACUGCCGGGAUCCUGCUGUUCACAAUGCCCUGUACACAGGAGACUUGCCAAAAGUCCAAAGCAUCUUUAAGGACGAAACAACUGCCAACUUGAUUGUGGAGACCCUCAGUGAGGAGCUGGUGUGGUCAGCUGAGCUAGGGCUGUGGGUGUUGACCCCCCAGAAGAAGCAUACCUCUCCAUUGCGCAUCACAGUGGCCAGGGGCUAUCGGGACUGUGUGAAGCAUCUACUCCUUCGAGGGGCUGAGGUUGAUGUUCUUGUUGGUGGGAAAGCUGCCCUUCAUGAUAGCUGCGCUAAUCACCGUGCAGAGUGCACCCGUCUGCUCCUCAGUCACAGCGCAAACCCAAACAUUCUUUCAGAGGACGGGCUGGCCCCACUCCACUUAUGCACUACCCAGGAGACCUUGCCAUGUGCCCAGCUGCUACUGGAGUAUGGGGCUCUAAUCAACCAGAACACCACAGACCGUUGUGCUUCUCCAUUGCAUGUGGCUGCUAAGCACGGCCUAAAUGACCACGUGAAGCUCUACCUUUGCUACGGAGCAAACAUUGCCCACAGAAACCGAGAGGGGGAGACAGCUCUCAACACGGCCUGUGCCAGCACAGACAGGCCUGAGGAGGCUGGUCGCUACUACAAGGUAGUGAACCAGCUACUGGAACGCGGGGCUGAUGUCCAGAUAGCUGGCCGGAAGAACCACACACCCCUGCACAAUGCCUGCAGCAACUGCCACAUCCGUAUUGUGGAGCUACUGUUGCAGUAUGGGGCAGAAAUCAAUGUUAGUAACUGUGCUGGGUACACACCUGUGGAUUGUGCUCUGCAAGCAGUGGAAGAUUACCUGGAGGGGGAGCCUGAGAAGGUUAUAGCCACUUUGCUCAACCAUGGCGCUGCUCCUAUCAACCCAAAGAUGCUGAAGUUUUGUGCCUUGUCACCUCGGGCUAUGGAAGUUAUUCUGAAUUCUUAUGACCGAAUCCUGUCCUGUGAUUCCUGGGUGGGAUCUGUAUCUCCUGAAGUCUGGCAAACAUAGUAUCUUCAUAUGUUUGAAGACACAGAUGACCACACAAAGAACCACAAAUACAGGUAAGCAACCUGUUUAUAGGAAGGCACAUUACAUCAUUAGAGCCCUCACCAGCAGUCUGAGGUGCUACAAACUCCGUGAGGACUAGGUCAUUAAUUAAGGGGUUUAAAUUUCACAUAGGAUGCUUAUAGACCUUUGAAUUUAGAGUGGAAGAUUUACAUCACAGAUGGGGAACCUCUGGCCCUCCAGAUUUUGUUGAACUAAAACCCCCAUAAUCUGACAAUGGCCCAUGCUGAUAGGGACUGGCUGGAUUUGGAGUCUACCAACAUCUGGAGGGCUGAAGGCUCCCCAUCCUUGGUCUAAAAUCACCUUAAGUGUGCCUAAUUACUUCUGCUGCUUCCUCAGAUCAGAUGGGUUGUGGUUGUAUACAACCAUAUGCAAAGCUUACUUGGUUUUUCUUUCCAU